AUGGUUGUUUGGGUCUCCUCAGGGGCUUGGCUCCUCCUUCUGCUAGCUACUGCUGCUUACUGCCACCCGUUUAUGCAAGGUCCCAGGUCCUUCCCUAGCAGUCAAGCUUCAAAGCCCAAGUUCACGCCUGAGUUGUCUGUUUCUGGAGCGAAGCCUAGAGCUUCGUACAAUGGACCUAAUCAGCCAGCACGUGGAGCUCUUCCGCCUUCUGGCAAUCCUUGGCAAGCUCCAGGUGGUCCUGCACCCUCCAGUUCUCUUGACUCUGCCGUCUCGCACCCUUCAGACGGCACCAACCCGUCAGGCUCGUUUGCCGUAAACGCUCCCAUGGUCUCUGGUUCUUAUGCACAUGGCGGUCACGAGGCUUCAAGCUUUCCAAGUGAGCCAUUUCCUGGACCCCCACUUCCACCAUUCCACCCCAAUUAUCAGCCUGGAGAGCUGUUCCGCAUGGACAAAACGUUUGAGCGCGGCCACGAUGAGCGGGAGACUAAAAGUAAAGGUGGCCCUCAACUGCAUCCUCUUCCUCCGCGGCCUCUUCCUUUGGACACGGCAGCUCCAAGUGGACCGGGGUUCCCCUUCCCACCUUUCCAAUAUGGUUUUCUCCCCUAUCCUUUUGACUACAACUUCCUGACUGGCCAGUAUCCCAAAGGUACGCUGUCACACUUCAGCACCAGCUUUGAGCAAGGCAGGAACUACAACCACGACGUCCAGUAUGAAAAGUCUGACGGUGAUGAUGAUGACGACGACGACCCUAGCAAGAACGAUGAUUACAACGACCCUGCAGACCCUAUCAAGGACGACGACGACGAUUAUGAUGCUCAGAACCUGGUGCAGCCUGGACGAUUCAAUCGUUGGGAGGUUUCAAACUUUAGACGUGAUCCGAAUACUUACCAUCGCCAAGGUCAAGUCGGUCAACCUCGGCGGUCUAGACUGACUCGGGUUAGGCACUAA